GUCGCUACAAAGGCGAAAUUGAUGUGGAUGUCGGCUGUCGUCACCAAGAGUUUUAAAUAAAUGUUAAAGUAAAAUAAGUAAAAUUCGAAUAAUUAUUUAUAAAUUUGCUCUCUCACCGGUAAUGGCGGUCACAAUAUACGUGAAAUCGUCUAAUUUACCGUUAUCUUUGAUAACUAAGGGAAUAUUCAUACGAUCUGUACAGACUGCUGCAGCAGCAGAAGCUCAAACUCAGAAAAGAAUUAAACAAUUUUCUAUAUAUCGCUAUGAUCCAGAUAAACCACAUGAAAAACCAAGAAUGCAGUUAUAUGAUGUUGACUUAAACAAAUGUGGUCCAAUGGUUUUGGAUGCUUUACUUAAAAUAAAAAAUGAAAUUGAUCCUACUUUGACAUUUCGUCGCUCAUGUAGAGAAGGCAUAUGUGGAUCUUGUGCAAUGAAUAUAGGAGGUUCUAAUACUUUAGCGUGUAUUUGUAAUAUUGAUACAAAUACAAGUAAACCAACUAAAAUUUAUCCUUUGCCUCAUAUGUAUGUUAUUAAAGAUCUUGUUCCUGAUAUGAAUAAUUUUUUCGAACAAUAUAGAAGUAUACAACCUUGGUUGCAAAAGAAAGAAGAAGGUGUAUUAGGGCAGAAACAAAAUCUUCAAAGUAUUGAAGAUAGGAAAAAAUUGGAUGGACUAUAUGAAUGCAUUCUUUGUGCAUGCUGUUCCACUUCCUGUCCUAGCUAUUGGUGGAAUGGUGAUAAAUUUUUGGGUCCUGCCAUUUUGAUGCAAGCAUAUAGAUGGGUUAUUGAUUCUAGAGAUCAAGCAACAACUGAACGACUUGGUAAAAUGAAGGAUGCCUAUUCAGUAUUUCGAUGCCAUACUAUUAUGAAUUGUACAAGAACUUGUCCAAAGGGGUUAAAUCCUGGAAAAUAUGUUGCAGAAUUAAAGAAACUUGUAUCAGGUGUAUCAAAGAAAGAUAAGCCACAAAUGACCGGAAAUGCAUAAAUACUUAUUUAAUUUUAA